CUCUCGCCUCUCACCUCUCACCCUCUUUCACUCUCCGGUCUCUGCCUCUCUCAAUAUCUCAUUCCCCGCCUUUCACUGGUCACCCUCUCUCAGUCUCUCACUCCGACUCACCUCCUCACUCCCUGUAACUCUGUAAGGCUGUGAUAAUGAAAGACUGAAGAAGUGAAGCUUCCGAUCUCCAGUUUCUGAUCUCUAUUAAAGCCGUCGGUUUCCACUACUCAAACUAUUCAAGGCUUCAAGAGUUUCCGUUCUCCGUUUUUUGACUCAAGGUUCCUAAACCCUAGGCUGCAAGGGAACUAAGCUUUCACUGGCUUGGCCGAAAGAAAAGAAAUGGUUAUUCCUCCACCAGUUAGACCAGAAAGAGUCACAAAGUUCCUCAAACUGUAUGUGUUGAGGAUGCACUUCACCAACAAGUAUGUGAAUGCUCAAGUAGUCCACACACCAACUGCAACAGUUGCCGCAGCUGCCAGCACACAAGAGAAGGGCUUGAGGUUGGGGAUGAUAGAAGCGAAAGAAAACACGAGGGAUGUUGCUGCUGCUGCAAAAAUAGGCAAGCUGCUGGGGGAGCGAUUGCGGGUCAAAGGCGUUCCUGCUGUUUCUAUAUUCUUCAAACGGGAUCAGAGAUAUCAUGGAAAGGUCAAAGCUGUGAUUGAUUCCAUCAGGGGAGAAGGAAUCGAAUUGGUUUGAAUUUUGGAUUAUGAUACUAUGUGCUGCUGCUGAUGAAUAAUUCCUGAGUUUAUUUCAUGGCGUCUCUCUUGAACAAUUUAUGCUGGGUUAUUUGAUUCAAAUGCAUCGUGGGACAGGGAAACUGGAAAUGUAAUUUUUGUUUAGGGUGCUCUGCAGUAAGUUUAUUGGUACAACAAACAUUGAAAAGUUAGAGCAGAUUCUUCAUGUUUUCCUGCCAUUUUACUCAAAUUACUCACCUACUUGACCUUGCCCUUUCAUCUUUACUACACUUCCUUUUAUAUGAUAAUUUAGCUCAGUC